AUGGACACUCGUAAUGCAAUUGUAGAAGGAAGUUCUAGUAACACAGGUAAGUUUUUGAGCGUGAGCUUCAAUCAGGACUACACAUGUUUCAGCUGCUCGACCCAAAAUGGUUUCAUGGUGUUUAACGUAGAUCCGCUUGAAUGCAAGCUUUCGAAACACUUCGUCAAUGCCAAUGCUAGUGGGAUAGCCAUCGCGCGGAUGCUGUACCGCACAAACUAUGUGGCUCUGGUAGGAGGGGGGCGAAAGCCCCGCUAUCCGCCUAACAAACUAAUAAUCUGGGACGAUCUGCAACAACGGGAAUCGAUCACCUUGAGCUUUAUGUCGGCAGUAACCGGAGUUUUUUUGUCGCGUAUACACAUUGUGGUAGCGCUGGAAAACUCAAUUGAGAUCUAUCAAUUCGGAUCAAGUCCCAAACGGCUCAUUGCGCCCCUGGAUACGUGUGCAGGAACCGCGGCAGACUUUGUUGUAUGUCAGCGGGUCACACGCAGACCUUCUUACACACAAGCAUCUACGGAAUCGGGUCCCCAGACUGUCACAAGGGGGAUUCUGGCAUUCCCUUCCGCCAGAAAUCCGGGCCAAGUUCAAGUGGCGGAUCUAUCACAUCUACAAUCAAGCGAGCUCGAGGAAAGAAGUGCAGCUCAGUUGCCCACAUCCAUCAUUAAAGCACAUAAAUCUCCUAUAAGACUAAUAAAAUUGAGUCCCAACGGAUCCAUGGUGGCUACUUGUUCUUUACAGGGAACGCUUAUUCGCAUUUUUAGCACUCAGAAUGGGUCUCUCAUAGGGGAGUUCAGAAGGGGACUGGAUCGCGCAGAUCUCUAUGAGAUGGUCUGGAGUCCACGCAGUACACGUUUAGCAGUCGUAAGUGACAAGCAAACAUUGCAUGUUUUCCAGAUUACCGACGAAGAUGGCGACAUGAAAAACAAGAAGCACGUUUUGAGAGACGUACCGUUUAUCUGGAAACCCAAGUAUUUGGCAUCCACUUGGUCUAUGAGCUCAUUGCAUUUACAUUCCGCCUUGAAGGGCAAAAGUUCUCUGAACGAUCACGACUUCUAUAACGACCGAUGCAAACUCGGCUGGUGCCAUGACGGUGAUGAAGAUACUUUGAUUGUCGUUUGGAGAGACAGCGGAAUCUGGGAAAAGUACGCACUUCUAGAGAAAGAGCCAAAGGCCUAUUCGGUCAACGAGACAUUGCAGUCCCUGCCCGCAACACAACAUAAAAAAAAUUGGGAGCUCAUUCGCGAAAGCUGGAGAAAACUUUGA